AUGAGGGCUCUAUACCUUCCGCCGUUUGCAUUAUGCUUUCUAUUAUUCUUUUUUUCGUGUUUUUCUUCUGCACAAGAUCUGCUGCAUACCCCUUCUCCAGCAUUAUGGGUGCAGGAUGUGAUUGCUUUAACAGAGUACUUUGAAGAAGACGACAAGAAAAAAGCACAAGAAGAUAUAAUAGCUGCGUCUGAACAGAUCGCAGGAAAUGAAGACAGAGUUCUUAGCGCGAUAUGGGGUGAGUUAUUCGCGUUUGGUGCUGCGGUGUAUGAAGAGAUGAAGGCCUGGGAAAACUUUGUAGAUGUAAGUGAAGAAAAACAAAUAGAAACAUUUGCUUCUAUAGGACACAGCCUCUUCGAUACACCUCAAUAUCUCUCUGCUGUACGCGACUGUAUUUCUUGUGAAUUGAAGUUAGACUGGCAGUCAGCAAGGUUAGAAAAUUCAUUUGAAGAAAUUCUGCGGGAAGUUGCUUCACUGCAGCAGCAGCAGCAAGAAGAACAGCAGCAACAGCAGCAGCAACAGCAGCAGCAGCAGCAGCAGAACUUGAAGGAGUUGCAGAAGAAGUACAACUGCUUAGGUGUAUUUCUAAGCAAGCUACAUGAGUAUUUCUCUAACCGCAGGGGCAGAGCAGCAAUGAUACAUCAGAAGAAAGUGUUUACUUCGCUUGCAAUGCAAGGAGAUGCAUCAGCAGAAGAAGUAUUAAAUGCUAUUGAUAGACAACUCAUUCAACAAGCUGAAUGGCUGGAGCAAUGCAUGAAAAAUAUCGAAGAAAUCGCAGAAAUGUGCUGCCAGCAGAAUCUUCUCUUCGGUGCUGCACUCGCCUUUAUCAAAGGACUACGAAGAGCUCGCUUGGGUUAA